AUGGCCACUUGGGUAUACCCACCCGUUUCCCCAGAGCGUCUGGACCAGGAAGCCGAUUCUGCCCUGGAAAAAGAGCUAGAAUGGCUGCUGCGCUCGUUGCAGGAUUCCCUCGCUUCACUGAGAGAGGGUCUUCAUGAAUGCGCAGCAUUGCUGGCUCCCAAAGAGCCUGGCUCAACAUUAGUAUUGUCGUCGAUGCGAUCGGAAAAUGUUAAAGGCUUCGUGACAAGAGUUGGAACCAAGAUUGUAAAAGGGGAUAUACAACUUCGCCUGAGUUCUCUAAGCUCUAGAGCUGCACCUACGACGCGGCUAUGUCUAUCUCAAUCUGAGAACGCGCCAGAGCUGGCACUUAGCCAGCUGGUCUCCGUCAGGGAUUCGGUCCGGCAAUGCCUAGACAUUGUAGAUGUGAGCACUUGGACUGGGGAUCCGCUCAACGCGCGCUUCAUAUACAGCCAACUUCAUCUCCUUGGGGAGACUAUUGCCGAAGGGCGGCAGAUGCUAAAGGGUGAAAGUGACAUUGUGCGUGGCAAAUGGUGGGAGACAAGUGCACCCGACAAUAUGUUCGACCCGCCUCUGCCGCCUCAGCUUUCUUUCCACCUAUCUAUCGCAGACUCUGCACUGGUGCUUUACAUCAGGACGCUUGAAUCCACAACGCCGGCCCACACUCCUACUGCCUUUGCAACUGAUAUCUCAUUGACCGGGUUCUCUAUCCGCGAUCGAUUAUUCGGCACCCGUGGUCCUACCCAUGACGAGGCUGGGGAUGUGUUCUCCUGGAAGGGAGACGAGGUCAAGGUCAGGGAGAAGGUUCGCGUAGAGAGCCAAGACCCCAGUCUCAUGGCGGUGAUGGCCAAGCUGACUGCUCUGCAUCACGAGGUCGUCAAAUGCAAGUCUGCUCUCAGAGUCCUCAUGGGUAAUGAUGACGAAAGUGAACCUUGA